UCCCACUUGAUCAACCCAACAUAUUCAUAUUUCCCUCGAGUCGCUACAUAGCACCUCGCCUCGUGGCCGUAUCACUACCUCCCUAUAUCUCUGACACCUAUCCUAUUGGGCUUGUUCCACUGUCGUCAUUCGGAGAUCUUCUCGUGCCGUAUACAUCCCUCACCCUCCAGAAGGCAAGACUUUACUCACUCUCUCACACCACUCAUCUCCCAAAACGCUCUGCAACACAGAACCAGUUUGCUUUGUGCUUGGUGGUCUGGCCAAAGGCUUCAUUGAACGCCUGUAACCUCUACGCCCACCUCCCUCCAGCCAAGGUUUAGUCCUCCAAAGCCCCCCACCCCGGUAAGCCUAUUCAGCUGGUUCUUUGGAGGACCAGACUGAAGGGCUCUCCAAAACUUCGACCUGGCAGACGAAGCUUCUCCCAAUCAACCUGCCUCAGCUGGACCCGACCGCUCGAACAGUGCCUCAAACCCUCACUCCGCACUCGACGUUUCGACCACCACCAAUCCUCCAUCUCCACGAUACUCUGCUGCAGAGCUCCUGAGCCUUCUCCGUUACCCGCCGGAACCCACCACUCGCCGUAGUCAUCUUCGACGUCGCCGGGAACCGUCAACGGAGCGAGCGGAUAUCCAAGGGGGCACCUCGAGAAGUAGCGGUCUAGGGAACAGCAGAGGUGGGCGUAUCCCGCCGGAGGGGAGCUCAGAACAAGCACAAGGCCAAGAGCAGGACGAUCGGCCUCUCUCCAAACGUAGACGCCUGGAAAACGACAAUAUGAAGCCCGAUGGAGGAGCGUCAGCAUCAAGUACAAAUGGCUUUUCUCCUGCGUCAAACGGUACUGGCAGCUCGCCCUUCAGAAAGUCGAUUACGUCCAACGCCCUUAGCGGACGAUCGUCAAAUUCCUACUCCCAAGCCCAGCCUCAGACGAAUGGCUCCACGGAGCCGUCAUUGCCGCGCACCUACUAUGGACAUGACAGAGAGGAAGUCACCAGAAUAUUAAUCCAGAGUCUAUACGAUCUAGGGUACUCCGAAGCAGCGGCCACACUCAGUCGCGAGAGUAAAUAUGAGUUAGAAAGUCCGGCAGUCGCCGCUCUCAGAACCUCCGUGCUAGAAGGACAAUGGCUUGAGGCGGAGACCAUUCUGUUAAGUUCUUUCUUUGAGGGUGUCGAAAACGUGGCGGAUGGAAAGCAUGCCGUCGGACAACCGCGACAUGAAGGGUUGGUCCUGGCCGAGGGUGCCGACAGGAAUGAGAUGCUCUUUUCGUUGCGGCAGCAGAAGUUUCUGGAGCUGCUUGAGAACCGGGAUCUUGCGGCUGCCCUCAUGGUACUCCGGCAGGAACUUACGCCUCUUAAUCACGACAUUGCUCGACUUCAUUCACUUUCAAGUUUAUUGAUGUGUCCCCCUGAAAAUCUCCGGGUCCAGGCUGGCCUUGAAGACUCAGUUAUUGACUCAAGACGGAAGCUGCUGGCAGAGUUGUCGAAAUCUAUUUCCCCCUCUGUUAUGAUUCCCGGACAUCGCCUCGCAACCCUCCUUGACCAAGUUAAACAAAAUCAAAUCAACCGCUGUUUAUAUCACAAUACCGCCGAACCGCCGUCUCUCUACUCUAACCAUAUGUGCGACCGUAGCCAGUUUCCAACACAGGUCACGCUGGAACUUAAUCAGCACACCAACGAGGUGUGGUAUCUGGAGUUCUCCCAUGAUGGUACGAAAUUGGCCACGACGAGUAGCGACCGCUCUGUGAUCAUAUACGACACGAGAACAUUCGGCGUCAUCCACAAGUUGACAGAUCACGGCGGCCCUGUUGCUUUCGCGACGUGGAGUCCCGACGAUACCAAGUUAAUUAGCUGCUCACAGGACUGUAAGGCUCGAUUGUGGGAUGUGGAGACUGGUCGUUGUCUCUUGACAAUCGACCAUCACCGCGAACCUGUCACAUCCGCAGCAUGGGCUCCGGACAGCGAAAGUUUCGUCACCUGUUCUUUGGAUAAUAAAUCCCAGUUAUGCCUAUGGAGUGUUCAUGGUGAUCCGCUAUAUACUUGGGCUGGUUCCUCGCGUAUCCGAGAUUGUGCCAUAUCUCCCGAUGGCAGAAGACUCAUUGCUAUCUCAACGGAUAGAAGGAUCCAUGUGUACAAUUUUCCGACUCGGGAGGAGGAAUACAGCAUGCGUCUCGAUCUCGACCUUACGUGCAUCAACAUUAGCAGCGACUCCAGAUACAUGCUGGUGAACAUGUCUGAAGGCGAAGUACAGCUACUCGAUAUCGAAACAAAGGACGUUGUUCGUCAGUAUUCAGGCCAGAAACAAGGCAACUUUAUCAUUCGAAGUACGUUUGGUGGAGCCGCUGAGAAUUUUGUGGUCAGCGGUAGUGAAGAUUCUCGUAUCUAUAUUUGGCACAAGGAAAAUUGCAUGCUUGUCGAGACACUUGAAGGUCACGCAAAAGGCUGUGUUAACGCAGUGGCGUGGAACCCAAAGGAUCCUGGGGUGUUUGCCUCGGCUGGGGAUGAUCGAAAAGUCAAGAUAUGGACAAACGGUCAUACCACGAUCCCCACCACCAAGUCCUACGUCUCACCCAAUGGAUCCACGCGCUCAAGUGCUGUAGGGCUCAAUAUCAGUCGCUCAUCGAGCACACGCUAGCCCGUUUUACAAGCGAAAGAGGGGUCCUCAAAAGGGAUCCCCAAAUACUCGGAUUCCUAAGUCUACAUCCUGGAUCACAUAUGCAUAUUUUUACGACUCUUCUUUCCACAUGCGUGAUAUCAUCGGCGCUCACGGCCUCGGUUAGGGUUUCAAAUUUUGCACAUACCAUAUUAUCAACACGGAGUUUGUCAACAUUCGAAAUAACUGCAUAAGUAAGGGGGGUUUCGGCUUCCGGUUUAACUUUCUCCGCAGUCAUCUCCCUUUGGUUCAUCCCUCAUGUCUUUUUUUCUCUUGCUACAUCUGUUUGAAGGGUUUGCGGUUAGGCUGCCUUCUGCUGGGUAACUAUGGUAUCUGAGAUGAGAUCGUCUUUUGAAUGUGGGCGGCGGAUGGAGGCCUCCUUUUUUCUCCCCUGGGAUAUGAAC